CAGACCAACCACGGAAACAGCCACGUGGCACGCGCAUACCUCAAAUACAUAAUAACCUUACAAAACUGAAAUCUUGUUUUCACCAUAAUCAGAGGAAGAUUGUUUUUGUUUAUUGAUCCGAAAAGAGAGAUGACCAGCGGCGGCGUAGUAGAAGACGAGAAAAACAGAUCAGUUGCGAAUGAUUAUCAACACCAGCAGCAGCCUCCUCAUCCUCCGCCGUUUCAAGGUGUCUCCAACUAUCCACCUCCUCAGCAGCAGCCACCUCCCCCCGGUUAUCCACAGCCAGCUCAGCCCUACGUCUCCGGUUAUGCUGUUAAUGGAGUAACAGAGCACGAUCGUCUUCCGUGUUGUGGAAUAGGCAUUGGUUGGUUAUUAUUCAUCCUUGGUUUCUUCUUCGGUGCCAUCCCCUGGUACAUCGGCUUUUUCCUUUUCCUAUUCUCUAGAAACCCGCGUGAGAAACCAGGAUACAUAGCUUGUGCAAUUGGAGCUGUUAUUGCUACGAUUUUCAUCGUUAUUGGAGCUGUAAGAGGAUCAGGGGCCUGGUCUUAAAGUGAAGACUUGACGCUCCUAAUCCGGUAGAGACCGAUUAGGGCGUUGAGGUACUGUUGUUGCAGAAGAAGAUUGUACAUGUGUGUUUAAGACCUCAAUGUAUAUUGUUUAAAGAUUACAGUCGACCAUGGCAUUUGUUUACUUACCAAAAAAAUGUUCAUCUCCAAACCGUAGUAAUGUGUUUAAAUUUUAAAAUUAUAUAUAUACAUAUAUGA